AUGACCGGCUGGAGAAUGCGGCCGACCGCAUCGGCGCUCGGCGUCAUCGCCAUUGUCUCCAUCAUGAUCACUGCCAUGCCGUCUGAAGCGGACAGCGGCGCCAUCGAGCCCAGCAUCAAUCAUUUCGGAGUGGACGAGGAGGACCAUCGUAUCCAAGAGGACGAAAGGAUCGCGAACCAGACCGUCGCCAGCGAUCUAACCGCGGUCGCGUUUCGAGUGCACGUCAACGAUACUAACAACGAAACUCCAGUAACCAAAACUAUCCACAGCUUCCCCACCGAUCACGAGAACCUCGUGAACAUGUCGCGAAUGGACGAAGGUAGCGUCGUGGAAUUGCAAAGGGAUCAAAGUAACCUGUUGUCCGUCACAGUGUCGCAGAACGAUGUUCACGAGCCACAACACAAUCCAUUGGGAUCAGACGCAAAGUCGGCAGAGCGCAACAGUUCUGAAAACAAAGUGGAACACGCGAAGAAUGAUUUCGUCUCAUCGACUCGACCGAAUCGAGCAGAAAUCGCGUCAAGUAUCGUUCCUUUGGAGAUCCGGUCGCCUGGUUCCAAGAAUGACGACUACCUGCACGGCGUCCAGGUAGACGACGAGGGUCUGUCGAACGUGGUAGAGCACGAGGACGAGUUAAUAGAUGGUUCUAACGUGGACAAACCUCGCAGAGAAAACUCGAUCUGGUUUACAACCGUGUCAAUCCGUGAGACCAUCGUCACGGAGGUGAAACCAAUCGAGCAGAAGAACGUCGAGGACAUCAGAGCGAUCUCGUUCCAAGUACCUGCAAUUGACAAAGAAGCAGAAGACGCGGACAAGCGACAACAGGAUAACGAACAGUCAAGAAACGGCAUGGAGUCAAGGAAGGAUCAAUCCAGGCCGAUGAACAACCUGCUGUUGGCGGGUGGUAAGUCGACGAAGGCGUUUUACGAGAUCAAACCGUCGAUCAAAACCGAGAUGGAGCCCGAUCAGCUUAACCCUAGCAGCACUCAGCGACCCUUGCCCGGUAGGAAGUUUGUUCUACCCAGCGUCGACAGCGCCUUUGGCAAGUUCGGGCCUUACUUCGAGGACGGUGAUCAGGAGAUAAACAUCACUGCCAGAAUAGGCAGCACUAUGCUGCUCGACUGCAAAAUCGGCAUGCUUGGUAACAAGGAGGUGACGUGGGUGCAGCAGCCAAGCAAGGACUCGUUUCGACUACUCACGGUCGGUAGGAUCCUGUACAGUGCGGAUCAGCGGAUCAGCCUCAACUUCCGAUACCCGAGCAAUUGGAGAUUACAAAUCCAGUACGCAACUACGCGGGAUUCCGGCUUAUACAAGUGUCAAGUUGCAACGCAUCCGCCGCUGGUUAAAACGAUUAACGUCGUCGUCACGGCACCGGAAUUGACAAUAACCGACGAUUCCGGCCGAGUGGUGUCCAAGGAGAGGCACCUGAAGGCGGGAAGCGUUCUCAAACUCAGAUGCGAGGCCAGAGAUGUUAUCGAGUCCCUGAAGGAGUCUGUCAUUUGGACCAGGGGAGAUGAAACACUUACCGAAGACGUUAGUGAAAACAGGACGACGGAAAUCUUAGCUGGGAAGGAGGUCCUCGUGAUAGUUAGCACGCUGAUCGUGGAGAGGGCCAGUCCAAGGCAUGCCGGAAAUUACAGCUGCGUUGUACCCGGGAAGGCCAAGACAACCGUUGCAGUACACGUGCUUAACGGGGAGUUACCAGCCGCGGUGCACGACGGUAACGGGGUCUCCAGGGCGUUCCUCAACCUGUGGCUAAUUCACUUAACGAUGAGUUACGUUUUUUCCAGAUGACAAUACUAAGGUUUAUCGCAACAGCGCCAAGACAACCACCGGCGGUCAGACAUGAAUUUCACGGCUGGAAGCAACAACAUAAUAUCGCGUGUCGUCGGUGAGAUUAAUUAAUCACGGACUAAGCACCGGUCACGAUAAUCGAUGCUCAGGAUCAACGAUAGAUCGUCGAUCUACCUGAUCGAUCUGAUCUUUACGAACACCGGUGAAACAAAAAACAUCGUUUUUACCUUUAAUAAUAGAAUUUCCUUUUUCGGUCGAUCGAUUUGAUCAGUAGCUCAUCCUCAAAAAAUCGGUGAUCGUUUCGACGAUAAUUAUUCGCGAGUUAACUUAAAAUCGUGUAACAAAAAAAGAUUAAAAUCAUUUUCUUUCGCUCGAGAAAUAUCGCCGUUAUAAAGUGGGCCAUUAUUGUACAGAUCUAAUUUAGAUGGACGCUCUAGUCAGUGCGUAAAAAGUCUUCAAGAUUAUUUGUAGUUCGUUGUCCCGAUGACGAGGAACAUCGGAUGUAGGAGAAUAAUGAACGACGGAAUAUAUGGAAUGUUGAAAUCAAUGGAGAAAAGUUGAUGCUGUUUGGAAUGUCACGUCGAUAGUGGUUAUCAAAGAUUUAUCGCUCGUUACUGAAAGGAUAGCUGAAGCGUAUUGAAUCGAGAACGAUGUUGAUUGAAGAAACGAGUAUUACGGUUAGAUGCAUUGCACGCUGAGUUACUUAGAGUUCUGAUUAUAUUU